UGGUAUUUAGAAAAUGUACAUUCAUUUGGAAAAAAUAUUCCUAAACACUUUAGAUUUAUUUUAAGUUAAAAAGUAGGUUGGUGUUGGUCCACUACUGCAACCAACCGGCUACCUGGAGAAAAGCUGCACUGUUUCCAAGUCAGUGAUAUACGUUUCCAGCACGUGAUCAUUUUUGUUGCGGCCCUGGGCGGCACAAAUACAAUUUUAAAUUCGUUUUAAAAAAAUCUGUUCUCACUUAAUUCACAUUCACCCAGCUACAGUAACACAUCUAGAGUUCAUCAGAUUGAUGGGUGGAUUCGAUUGAUGUGUUUGUCAUGUAAAUGCGAAUCGUUUGAUGGACACCUGCAACGCCCAGAGUACUACCACAGGUCGCACACUAUUGGUACAAAAUUAGUCACAUGACCUGUCACUUAUCCGAUAUGAGCUCGGAUAGAACUUUGUGUGGUUUGACAUACUGCUUAGAGGUUGUAGGGGCACCGGGACCACACAUCAGCUCAUAUUGACCUCGCUUAAUCAAUUUUGCUUGGUCAGUCAACAAUGAAUUCCUACUUAGAUUAUACGAUUUAUAACCGUGGCGGGAACACUUACAGUUCGAAAGUUGGGUGUUUUCCUAUGGAGCAAGAAUACUUGCCAAGUGCUUGUACAAGUACAAAUAAUUACAUUCCCGAGGGACGUACAGUCGGAGGCAACACAUUUUCAACGGCACAGCUCGAAACUCACGGCACAACUUACGCACAACUUCAGCCGCAGCCAUACCACAUCAACAUGGACAUGGGCAAAACUGGACACACCAAUUUUUGCAAGCAAACCCGACCACACUCGGACUACGGGCACCAACACAUUCUCACUGAAGCAGAUGACCACAUGCGUCUGCAGUCCCCUGCGUUUUCUGUCGUUAACAUGGGAUCCAACAUUGGAACAUACAGUGAAUCAAACUGCAGGCCAGGCUCGGUCUCUGCAAGCCAUUAUCAGCCCUAUCCCUAUGGAGAACAUGAAUCACAGGGCUACGGUCCGUUUAACAAGUACCAAGUCUCCACUGAGAGUGACAGCGAACCCAAGACUAAUAUCAAGCAAGCGCCAACGUUCGACUGGAUGAAAGUCAAAAGGAACCCUCCGAAAACAGUUAAAGUCACCGAAUACGGGAUCCACGGUCAGCAGAAUAUAAUCCGCACCAAUUUUACUACCAAACAGCUCACCGAACUUGAGAAGGAGUUCCACUUCAACAAGUACCUCACCAGGGCGCGCAGAGUCGAAGUGGCCGCCACCCUUGAACUAAACGAAACGCAGGUUAAAAUCUGGUUUCAGAACCGCAGAAUGAAGCAGAAGAAGCGGGAGAAAGAAGGAACAGCACCGCUCGCGAAACGCGCGACCAUUUUCUCUGCUGGCGAAAGCGCAGACAACUCAAACUCCUCUUCCCCUGGCGCCUCGCCUUCUUCAGACUCUUGCGCUGCUGUUUGACUUGCCUGUGUGACAAACGAACUCAUAAGAUGUUUCAUCAUCGUGCUGUGGAGCUACUUAACUUAUUCUGCUGUCCUAGACAAAGCAUUAAAUAUAAGCUAAUGUGUGCAUGUUUGUUUUGUUAUAUAAAAAACAUAAAUUCUGCUGCGUUUGAACUCGUACAGGAAUCAUGGUUCAAAUGUAUAAACAUACAUUAUGCUUAAUAGUUCUAUGCAAGACGUUUUAUGUUUUUUUUUCUGUCAUCAUGUCGAUGUCUUAUUUUGCACUAAAGAUUCGUACCUCUGUUGAAAGAGUGGAGAUAAAAAUGAAUGGCAUGUAUUUGAGAACAAUCUGGCCUGUGAAGUUCUUCUAAUAAGUAAAUAUUUUAUUUUUAUGAAAUAAGAUUGCGAUUUCAAGAGAAGGGAAUGUGUCAAUUUAUUGAUUUUCUUUUAAUUA